AAAGAAGGAGGGACUAUGGCAUCAAACAGCCUCUUCAGCACAGUGACACCAUGCCAGCAAAACUUCUUCUGGGAUCCGAGCACCAGCCGGCGCUUCAGCCCCCCCUCCAGCAGCCUGCAGCCCGGCAAGAUGAGCGACGUGAGCCCGGUGGUGGCCGCGCAGCAGCAGCAGCAGCAGCAGCAACAGCAGCAGCAGCAGCAGCAACAGCAGCAGCAGGAGGCGGCGGCGGCGGCGGCGGCGGCGGCAGCGGCGGCCGCGGUGCCUCGGUUACGGCCGCCGCACGACAACCGCACCAUGGUAGAGAUCAUCGCCGACCACCCGGCCGAGCUCGUCCGCACCGACAGCCCCAACUUCCUGUGCUCCGUGCUGCCCUCGCACUGGCGCUGCAACAAGACCCUGCCCGUGGCCUUCAAGGUGGUAGCCCUCGGAGAGGUACCAGAUGGAACUGUGGUUACUGUCAUGGCGGGUAACGAUGAAAAUUAUUCUGCUGAGCUCCGAAAUGCCUCUGCUGUUAUGAAAAACCAAGUAGCAAGGUUCAACGACCUGAGAUUUGUGGGCCGGAGCGGACGAGGCAAGAGCUUCACCUUGACCAUAACAGUCUUCACGAAUCCUCCCCAAGUAGCUACCUAUCACAGAGCUAUUAAAGUUACAGUGGACGGACCCCGGGAACCCAGAAGGCACAGACAGAAGCUUGAUGACUCUAAACCUAGUUUGUUCUCUGACCGCCUCAGUGAUUUAGGGCGCAUUCCUCAUCCCAGUAUGAGAGUAGGUGUCCCGCCUCAGAACCCACGGCCCUCCCUGAACUCUGCACCAAGUCCUUUUAAUCCACAAGGACAGAGUCAGAUUACAGAUCCCAGGCAGGCCCAGUCUUCGCCACCAUGGUCCUAUGACCAGACUUACCCCUCUUACCUGAGCCAGAUGACGUCUCCGUCCAUCCACUCCACCACCCCGCUCUCCUCCACGCGGGGCACUGGGCUCCCUGCCAUCACCGAGGUGCCCAGGCGGAUCUCAGAUGAUGACACAGACACCUCUGACUUCUGCCUCUGGCCUUCCACUCUCAGUAAGAAGAGCCAGGCAGGUGCUUCAGAACUGGGGCCUUUUUCAGACCCCAGGCAGUUCCCCAGCAUUUCAUCCCUCACUGAGAGCCGCUUCUCCAACCCACGAGUGCACUACCCAGCCACCUUUACUUACACCCCGCCCGUCACCUCAGGCAUGUCCCUCGGGAUGUCUGCCACCACUCACUACCACACCUACCUGCCACCACCCUACCCGGGCUCUUCCCAAAGCCAGAGCGGACCCUUCCAGACCAGCAGCACACCUUAUCUCUACUAUGGUACUUCCUCCGGAUCCUAUCAGUUCCCCAUGGUGCCCGGGGGAGACCGGUCUCCUUCCAGAAUGCUUCCGCCGUGCACCACCACCUCGAAUGGCAGCACGCUAUUAAACCCAAAUUUGCCUAACCAGAAUGACGGUGUGGACGCUGAUGGAAGCCACAGCAGUUCCCCAACCGUUUUGAAUUCUAGUGGCAGAAUGGAUGAAUCUGUCUGGCGACCAUAUUGAAAUUCCUCAACAGUGGCCCAGCUGGGCAGCUGAGGCCCAUGCACGGCCCACAGUGUGUGGAUAUAUACAUAUAUAAAGAGAGGGAAUAUAUAUGUAUAUCAACUAGCUUAUCUACAAAGUGCCUAUUUCCUA